CAAAUGGAAGUGCCGGAGCUCGGAGCUACUUCUAUAUAAUUGAGUUUUCUAUUCAAAAAGCGGAAAGUUACUCGAAAUAAAUCCGAUAUUUCAAACACAUCAAGAAGUUAUUGAACCUUUUGAGAAGUAAACUGAAAAGUUGAUGGUAGUUUCCAAUAAACAACCAUAAAAUAUCACGAAACCUAUUGUUUACCAACAAGCUAAGCAUAAAAACAUAAAAAUUUAGUUUUUACAAAAUUUCUCUAGUGUAUAGCCAUGUACCACCCACAUAUUGGAGCAGCGUACAUAGCGGAUGGAUUCACGGAUGAUUGUGACGAGCUCAUUCACCGCUGCCUUGAAGCUGGCACUGUCACCUUCGAAGUGUUCUCCGAAGUAUGGAAGAGUAUGGAGUUUUCGUGCAUAUUCCAUAACAGAUCUUCAGGCGCAGAAAUUGCAGAACUGAGUGAGGAAGUUAUACAUAUUGCCAAAAACUAUAUGUUAGCCGAUACUAGUAAUUUUGAGGAAUCGGUAAUAGGCCUCUUCCUAGUCUACAGUCUCCUAAAUCUCCAGCCGUAUGCCAACUUUGCACAUCUUCGAAUAGUUCAGGAUGAUCUACCGGCCAUACAGAGGAUAGAGGUAGUAGCCAGGCGAGAUCGGAGACAGGAUGUGCUCUAUAUCCUGGGAUCAAUACUUAUACAAGGGCCUGUGCAGUACCAAGCUGUGCUCAGAGAAAGGGGCAUGGAAUAUCCUAUCAAGAAGUAUUUAGAAGGUUACGGGGGUGUAGACAAGAAGGAUGCUCGACCUAAAGGAGUGUUCUACCGUCAGAACACUGAGCUGGAUCUCUUGAAGGAGUUGAAACAUCUCACUAUUCGGUACUGCAACGCUAAAGAAAAUAUUACUGGUGUAAAACCAGAUGACUUAAGCUAUGUGGAUCCUAACUUUGCCAUAAACUUGGACAAGAGUCUGAGGAACGUUAUCAGCGGGAUAUAUGACAACGAUGAACAGGAUAUUGAUGAUGCUCAUGAUGCCGAUUCUACCAACAGUACUGAAUUAGUUAAAAGUAUAAAGAAGAAGGCGAUGCAAGCCAAGGUUAAGCCACUUCGACAUCGGAUGGAUGUGGCGUCCAGAGCAAGCCAACAGGCUGCACAAGUAAACAAAACGUCCAACCCCAGGACGUACAACAACCCUCGAAAUAAAGCCAAGAAACGGAUCAGGAAAGAAGCAACCAAUUCAGAUGAGAGCGACGAUUACACAGUCAAACAUGAUUCAGACAAAGAAGUAGAAGAUGAUAUUUUAGAUCUGACAACAUUCAACCAAUUGUCAUCCGAAGCCAGUAAUUUACAAUUUGAAUCUUUACCAGAAAUCAUACAAAAUGAAGACCAGAGACGGACGUAUGAAAUUGAAAUCAUUGACCAUUUAAAUCAGGCCGCACAAUCAUCUGCUAGCGCUGAUGAUAGUAGUCAAGAAAUAUUUAAACAUAAACGGAACCUAAAAAAGACUAUUGUAAAAUCUAGGUUCAAAAGGAUGGGUAUGUUGCCUGUUGCCAAUUUUGAACCUAAUAAAGAGCCAUAAAACUGUUUUGGUAGUAAAAAUAUUAAUGGUAGAAUAUUUUAAGGCUGAUUUUUCUUGGCAACACUGUGAUCCUUAUGUUACUUGUGUGUUAAAAUCUAUUUUAUUUUGUUAUUUUCUCCGUGAUAAUUACUUCAUAGUAUAUUUUGUUUCUUGAUUCUUUUAAA